AUGAAAGCAUUAAUCGCCAAAAGAUUAAGAAUUCAGGCACCAGAAGGUUGUCGGCAUUGGUGUACAUUAGCAUAUUGGGAGCUCCGACACCGUGUGGGCCGACAGUUCCCGGUGUUCGGCGACAGCAUCAAUGUGUUCGCGCAUUGGCCACAAGGCGAGGGCCUAUGGCUCGAGCAGUGGUUCUCGACAUCCAUUUCCAAUAGAGACAAGUCUGUGCGCCGGACGCGUGAGAAAAUCGGUGUCGGAGUGACAAUCAGUCGCGAGGAGGACGGGGUGUGGGUUUACAACCGUUCAAAUGACCCGAUUUUUGUCAACUCGCCGACACUGGAUCCGCCCAACACUCGUAACCUCACUGUAUAUAAAGUAUUUCCCGGCUUUUCCAUUAAAGUAUUCGACUUCGAAAUCGCCCAAAACUACCGGCGCCUCCACGCCAUAGAGCCGCCCGACGGCCCUAUGGAUCACAACGCCUUCCGGAUUAGUUUCGCCAAAGGCUGGGGUCCGGACUACUCGAGACAAUUCAUCACAUCGUGUCCGUGUUGGCUGGAAGUGCUCCUCUCAGUCACCGACAAAGUCAAGCGAUCGAUAUCUCAUCUCAUCAACUCGUGAAUACCAAUACAUCCGAAAUCGUGGCCUCAACUCAACUGUUUCUCUCAAGACUCAGACAUAUCUUCCGUUAGAAAAAGCGACAAUUAUUUCGAAGAGUCUUAAUGAGACAAAACGGACACAAAUUUCUGUUUCAAAUGGAAAUUUUGGCUUAACUUCGAUCACAACGAAUGAAAAUAUUUUUCAAAUAACAGUACAAAUCAGGUCCCGUCCGAUGGGCUGACCGGAUAUGGAUUGCAAAACGAAUUUACUCUCAAAACAGUAAAUCGCCGAAAAACUUAUGAAAAUUACUAUUUAAACAAAUGUUUUCUAUUUAUGAUCUGAACUAAUGUGUGAUUUUAAAUGUUCAAUUCGAUUGUCAUCGACUGUCCAAUAGAUUAACUAAUUUUCAUAUUUUACAUGAGAUUUUAAAUUAUUAUUUAAGUAAUUAUAUUGUAAAAUGCAUUGCAUUUGAAUCACAAGUCCACAAAACCAUUACAAAUGAUAAAUAUAUAUGAAAAGCAUCCAAAUGUCGACG